CCGGCGCUGCCCCGCGCGCAGAUGGCGCACUCGGCGGCCGCCGUGCCGCUGGGCGCGCUGGAGCAGGGCUGCCCCAUCCGCGUGGAGCACGACCGCCGGCGCCGCCAGUUCACCGUCCGGCUCAACGGAUGUCACGACCGGGCCGUCCUGCUCUACGAGUACGUGGGCAAGCGGAUCGUGGACCUGCAGCACACCGAGGUCCCCGACGCCUACCGCGGGCGUGGCAUUGCCAAGCACCUUGCUAAGGCUGCUCUGGACUUUGUAGUGGAGGAGGACCUGAAGGCCCAUCUCACGUGCUGGUACAUCCAGAAGUACGUCAAGGAGAACCCCCUGCCGCAGUACCUGGAGCGCCUGCAGCCGUAACCCCGGCCCCAUGGGGCAGGAGCCUCCACGCCAGACCUCUCCUCGCGGCCUUUGCCCGGCCCUCCGCGUGCUCUCAGGAAACCUGGUCCCCACCGGGGACAGACUCAGAGUUAUUUUUGUAAGGAUACUUCGUCGGUGGCCCUGGGAGGCCACUGGCCGACGAUGGGCCGUAGUCCAGCUCCCGUGGAGCAGGGGAGGCCAGGCGGCCGAGCUCCUGGCAGCUCCCCCUUGGCAGACACCGGCUGGCUUCUCGCAAGGGCCCGCAGCCGGGUCUGCAAGGCGGCUGGGGUCAUCCCUGUGGCCAGUCCGGAUGCCACCUGCUCUUCCUGCUCUGUGAUGGGCAGGAGGGCUGAUUUGGGGCCCCCUCUGCUGCCACCUAGGGCUCUGUCCUUCAUGCAGAUGACGAGGGGCUUCCCUGAGUGCAGAGGAGCAAUAAGAAACCUUGUGUGCCAACCUCCCGGGGGCGUAGCACCAAGCCACGGCUGCCACCAGUGCGGCCCCUUCUCCUCCUCCGACACACAUGCCCCAGGCUCUGAGGGGCAGGCCAAGGCGAGGGGUGGCCCUCCUUCAUGUGGAAAGCCUGGGACGCACAGACUGGGCUCCCACCAUGGCUCAACUGUGCACACGUGAGCACACAUACACACGCACAGACACACAAAAGCUCACACACACGGGACACUGCAGGGCUGUGCAUCAGUGGAGUGGCAGGUGGAGGGGGCGCUGGGUGUUCUGUCCUUGGCACCCAUGUCCUUAACUCCUUGCCAUUGUCUGUCAGCUCUGCAACACAUCGCGGCCCUGUCCCCUGUGGCUGUCCUGUCUCCCUGCAGCCAGCCCCGUAGGUGGCCCGAGCACUGGCAGCCGCCCUCCCUUUGCUGGCCUCUUGGCUGCCCUGUGGGUGGGCUUUCUCAAAGAGGACCCUUUGGAGCUUAGGUGGGAGGGAGGCAAAGUGUCCUCAGAAAACUGUCCUCACUAUCCAAGGGGAAGGAACGUUUCUGUGGAGGGGAUUUCCUUUGUGGACAUUGGACAUCAGAGCAUCUUUCUUUCAUGGCACGCUUACGGCUGGGCAUGUUCUGUUGCCUGGCUGGGAUCCCAGACCAACUUCCUUGGUAAUCGCCCUGGAGGUGCACACUGGCACCCUCUGUCCUGCAGGCCUUAUGAGCUGGGUAGGGCUCGGGGUCCUGACCACCUGUGCCCUACUUCCCACAAGAAUCAAGUCCAUGCCUCCCUCCCUGUGGGGCUGGAGGGAGACGCUGAAGGCAGAGCCCCUGUAGGGCUGAGACAAAAGUUAACAGCACAGCGCUUGGGGUAGCAUGGCCCCUCCAGGCCUCCGGCUGGGGUGGGCUUGGGGAAGCAUGUGUGAUGGGGCUGGCGACCCCUCCUCUUCUCUGCUUCGCUGUAACAGGCCUUGGCUUGGGUUGCCUUUCCACUCACCUCUUCCCUCUGGGUUUCGGCACCAAGCUCACCACAACCACCAGGCCAGCUUGGCCGCCCAUCUCAGAUGUUUGCACAGACACCUUCCCACCCAGCGGCAGGAACACUUAGAUCAGGACGCCUGACAGCCUACCUGUUUGUGUGUGUGUGGGGGGGGGUCCCUGAGCCCCAGAGCCCCCAGAGAGGCAGUGUCUUCAGCAUCCCCACUCCCAUGUGCUAGCUCCCAACCCUGCUCUGGCCUCUAAGAAUUCUCCUCCCCAAGGGCUGGGGGUACCUCUCACCUUCCCACCAUGCUCCUCAGUUCUGUUUGCAAAGGGCUAUUCUGAGGAGCCAGAGAAGCCCCUGGGCCUCCACUGUGCUGGGAGUCCCUGGCCAGGAAUAACUGGCACAAGUAGGUUCUGUUGCUGAGUCCCCUCCAAGCUGGGGGUGUCCCCUCCCUGGCACAGCUCAAAGAAAGGGGGUUGUUGGCCUGAGCGUAGACAGAUGGGCCAGUCUGGGGUCUGGGCCUUCUCCCUCUGGCUCCUGGGGCAGUGGGAUUAUGAGUCCCCUUCCUUUCCCACUCCCCACCCACACAUGCCUUCCCAAGGUCAAACACAGACUCAGUCAUGAAAACUCCGCAGUAGCUCAGAAACCCGUGGCCUGCAGAAUGAUGGGAACCAGCUCCGGGAGGGUACUGGGCCCCAGCGCCCUCCCAGGCCAUCCAUGGGAGGGUGCCCUACAAGCAGUAGCACAGGGACCCCAGAGAGGUCCCCAGGGCAAGCAGGGUUUACGGGAACAGAGAGCCAUGUGGCACGGAGGGAGCAGGCCUGUCCUGGUCCUCAAUGUGUCCACCUGUGUUCUUACCGCAGGUGACGUGCCAUACCUGGCUGGCAGACACACAAAACACUUACUACUUGAACCAGGAGACACGCAGGGUCUUGGGGGACUGGUAUCAGCCCUGGGCUGGGGAAUGGCUGGUCCCCAGUUCCUGCAGGAACACCCUGGAGCCUGCCCACCUCCCGGCUGCCUUAAAGUAUUGCUGACCCCACUGCAGUGGUCAGCCUGGCCCUAAAUCUCCAGCAGGGCCUCAGGGCAGCAACAGCCUGCCCUCUCAAGGCCCCAGAGCCCCCAGCCCACCUCCACCGGCCUCCCCACCCCCUGGUGCUACUCUGCCUGGCAGUCCAGCCUCACCCCUACCGUCCCUGGAUGCUCCAGGAGCCCUUCCUCCACAGGCAGGUCACGUGGGCCACCCACAGGGGCAGGGGAAUGCUCGGGGAUCCCACAACUGGCCCCUCUUCCAGCAGAGUGCCCCAAAGGCCCUGCAUUCUCCUGCCACAUCUUGCUUUGUGGGUUUCCUUCUCUUGCCCAGUCAAAAUAGGUGGUAACUCAUGUGCCUUUCCUACUCAGGACCUGUUCCAGGUGGCGCCUGGGCCAAGGCUGGUCUUCAGACCUGCUCCCGUUGUUACUUCUCAAACUCCUCAACAGAUUGCAUGGCAUACAUUUCAAUAAAAGGUGUGACCUAG